AUAUGUAUGAGCCUUCCAUGGGUUGCAUGCAGAGCAAGUGAAGUAGUAAAGAAAGAAUGGCUUCUAAUCCAGGAAUUCUCUCCGAUUGGCCAUGGAAGCAUCUUGGAAGCUUUAAGUAUUUGAUAUUGGCUCCAUGGGCGGUACACAGCAUAUACUCAUUCCUAGUCAAGGAAGAGAGUGAAAGGGACCUUGCCAACUUUCUCAUACUCCCAUUUCUAUUAUGGAGGGUGCUUCACAACCAGAUAUGGAUUAGUAUUUCUCGUUACCGAAAUGCAAAAGGCAACAACCUACUUGUUGACAAGAGUCUUCAAUUUGAACAAGUUGACAGAGAGCAAAGUUGGGAUGACCAAAUAAUUCUGGGUGGAAUCAUAACCUACCUAGUCAACACUACUGUGCCAGGGGGUUCACACUUUCCCAUUUGGAGAACAGAUGGAGUAAUUCUAGCAAUUCUACUUCAUGCGGGUCCAGUGGAGUUCCUCUACUAUUGGCUCCAUAGAGCAUUGCACCACCAUUACCUUUACUCUCGCUAUCAUUCUCACCAUCACUCCUCAAUUGUCACAGAGCCUAUCACGUCUGUCGUGCAUCCAUUUUCUGAGCUUCUAAUAUAUUACAUGCUCUUUUCUAUAACACUAAUGACGCUCGUCUUGACGGGAACUGCUUCUUUGGCCUCUAUUUUCGGUUAUUUUACUUAUGUUGAUGUCAUGAACAACAUGGGUCACUGUAAUUUUGAGUUUAUUCCAAAGUGGUUGUUCUCUUUGUUUCCUCCGCUCAAGUUUCUCAUGUACACUCCUUCGUUUCACUCUCUACAUCAUACGCAAUUUCGAACCAACUACUGUCUUUUCAUGCCUCUUUAUGACUACAUCUAUGGUACUAUGGACAAAUCCAAUGACACACUAUAUGAAAUUUCUCUCAAGAAGAAAGAAAAUGUGCCACACGUAGUGCAUCUAACACAUCUCACAACACUAGACUCAAUCUAUCAUUUGAGGCUUGGACUUUCUUCCUUGGCCUCUACCCCUCACACCUCAAAAUGGUACAUGUGGUUAAUGUGGCCCCUGACAUUAUUGUCUACAAUGUUAACGUGGAUUUAUGGUCGUACGUUUGUUGUUGAGAGGAACCAGUUCAAUAUGCUCACCUUGCAAACUUGGGUCAUCCCGAAGUAUAGUGUACAAUACUUUUUGCGAUCGCAUGAGAACUCUAUCAAUGAUUUGAUUGAGCAAGCCAUACUUGAAGCGGAGAAAAAAGGCGUUAAAGUGUUAAGUCUAGGUCUCUUGAACCAGGGGGAGGAACUCAACGGAUAUGGUGGAGUCUAUGUCAAGAGGAAUCCUCAACUGAAAAUAAAGGUGGUAGAUGGAAGUAGCCUCGCAGCUGCCAUUGUGCUAAAUAGCAUUCCCAAAGGGACAACCCAAGUGCUCCUUCGAGGCAAAAUCACUAAGGUUGCCUGUGCAAUUGCAGUUGAUUUAUGCAAACAGGGCAUUCAGGUAGCUACAUUACAGCAGGAUGAGUACAUGAAGCUUAGCAAAUCGUUGGAGAUGAGCUCAGAGAAUAGUUUGAUCCUUUCCAAAAGUUACAGCCAAAAGAUAUGGUUAGUGGGAGAUGGAUUGACUGAAGAAGAACAGUUAAAAGUGCCGAAAGGAACAUUAUUUAUUCCCUAUUCACAAUUUCCACCAAAGAAAUUUCGAAAGGACUGCCUAUACCAUAGCACACCGGCAAUGUUAAUUCCCACUUCUCUUGAGAAUGUCCACUCUUGUGAGAACUGGUUGCCAAGAAGGGUGAUGAGUGCAUGGCGUAUAGCUGGGAUAGUGCAUGCAUUAGAAGGAUGGAAUGAGCAUGAGUGUGGUUACACAAUGUCCAGCAUGGAGAAAGUUUGGCAAGCAAGUCUUCAACAUGGGUUUCAACCUUUGAUGUUCUCAAAUGGAUCUAAAUACUAGCUUCAUAAGCAUAUGGUGGUGUAUUUUAAUAAAAAUAAUAAAUUAAAAUUUCCUAUGGAAUGUUGGUGUAUUUUAAUAAAAAUAAUAAUUUUCAUACUUUUGUUGUUACAAAAUUUGUUAUGGAAUGUUAUGCCACAUUAACUAAAUGAAUUGUUUAAAAAAUUUGUAUUACAUUAA